UAUUUCACUUUCUCUCCGCUCCUGCAUUUUUUCUUCCUCUAAUUGUUUGAAAAGUAGGCGGAGAAGGAGAAAAGGAAUCUGUCAUAGUGGAAAAGUUGCAAAUCCUUCCCCCUUCAACUUAAAACUCAGCAGACACCUGAGCAGAGAGAGUGAGAGAGAGAGACACAGACAGGGAGAGAGCAUAGGACAGAGGCUGUUCGAGAAUGCACAGAAGACAGAGCAGAAAUUAGUCUCUCGGGCACAGAUACAGGUAGAAGGCUCAAAUCUGAAAUCUACAUUCCUUGGCAUGUUCUGCCUUUAAACUUUAGGACUAAAAUUUGGGUUACCUGAAGAAGUGCUGCUGCUACCUUUUAAACAUGGGAGUCAAACUGGUAGAUAGCAAGGCGGAGAGUAAAUCCAUAACUGGCUGCAAGAAGGGAAUCUUCAAUAACAUCAAGGUGUUUGUAGUUUGUCAUGCUCUCCUGCAGCUUUCUCAGCUGUUAUACAGUGCUUACUUUAAGAGUUGUCUGACCACCAUUGAGAAACGCUUUGGGCUUUCAAGCUCUUCCUCUGGCCUUCUCUCCAGCAUCCACGAGAUAAGCAAUGCUGCUCUCAUCAUCUUCGUCAGCUAUUUUGGAAGUCGAGUUCACAGGCCAAGAGUCAUUGGUAUAGGAGGUCUUCUACUGGCCUUGGGGACAUUUCUUCUGACGGUGCCUCAUUUUGUAUCAGAGAAAUAUCAGUACACUACACUAGAUAGUGGCAACAAAAGUCAAGUUCUGCUGUGCACUGGAGAGAACAGAACGUCUCAUUGUAAGACACAGGGCCAGCACGUACCAGUGACUACCAACAAUGAAGGCCCCAACAUGUGGGCAAUUAUGGUGGUUGGGCAGCUGCUGGCUGGAAUUGGUACUGUUCCAAUACAGCCUUUUGGCAUCUCUUACGUGGAUGAUUUUGCUGAACCAAGCAAUUCUGCUUUAUACAUUGCCAUUCUAUUUGCAGUGUCGGUGUUUGGCCCUGCAUUUGGUUAUCUUCUUGGCUCUAUGGUCCUGAGGAUGUUUGUGGACAUUGGAAGAGUGAAUCCUGAACAUGUGGAUCUGACAGUAGCAGACCCUCGCUGGAUAGGUGCCUGGUGGCUGGGCCUUCUCAUUGCUUCAGGCUGCCUGGUGAUCACGUCGAUCCCAUAUUUCUUUUUCCCACGGCAAAUGCUGAGAAAUGAGAAGCCGUCACCGGAAAAGAAUGUCCUGAGAAAGAUACCAGACGUUAAAGCAGAAGAAGGUUCUCUGACCGACUUUAUAAAGAAGUUUCCUCGGUAUUUCGCACGACUGUUCAUGAAUCCAAUCUUUCUGAUGUUGGUCCUCUGUCAGUGCAGUUUCUCCUCAGUCAUUGCCGCCUUGUCUACUUUCCUCAACAAGUUUUUGGAAAAGCAAUACAGCUCCAGCACUUCCUACGCCAAUUUUCUUAUUGGAGCAGUAAAUCUGCCAUCAGCCGCUCUGGGAAUGUUAAUAGGUGGCAUCAUUAUGAAGAGGUUCUGCAUCUCACUGCAAGUCAUUCCUCGUUUUGCUUUGGCAAUUCUUCUUCUUUCCAUUCUGCUCUGUGUUCCUCUUUUCUUCAUGGGAUGCUCAACGCAGGCGCUAGACAUGGGAAUAGUCAAGCAUUCCACUAGUGGUAACACUCUUUCCACCUGUUCCUCACAAUGUGUAUGCCCAGAAUAUGCCUACCAACCGGUGUGUGGUUCUAAUGGAGUGGAAUAUCUAUCACCAUGUCAUGCAGGAUGCAGAGCAUUCAAUGAAACAUCAUCAGAGAAACAAAGGGUGUAUCGCAACUGCUCUUGCAUCACUGAUUCAGGGGAAGCGAUGGCAAAUACAGGAUCCUGCCCUACUAGUUGCUCUCACCUUCUGCUGCCCGUCAUGUUCCUUAUCUCCUUUGCUGGACUCAUUGCCUGUCUGACACACAACCCCCUGUAUAUGAUGGUGUUACGGGUUGUGCAACAGGAUGAAAAAUCCUUUGCGAUUGGAGUGCAGUUCCUUUUAAUGAGGUUUUUAGCCUGGUUGCCUGCUCCAGCGCUCUUUGGACUUGUCAUUGACUCAACUUGCCUUGUGUGGGAUCAAUCCUGUACUGGGACUAGGGGGGCAUGCAGAUAUUACAAUAAUGAUCUUCUACGCAACAGGUAUCUUGGUCUGCAGAUGGGAUACAAAAUUCUAGGAAUAUUGUUAUUGUGCGCUAUAGCCUGGAAGGUGAACAAGUGUAAGGAAUACAAUGUGCAAGAGAAAGAAGCUGGUAUGGCAUAAGCAUCAUACAGUGUCCAGAGACUCUUGGCUUCCAAUGUUGUACCCCACACAAAAUUCUCUUCCUCUGGGAGCAUUCAAUACUCAUCAUUCCAGAGCUCCUUCUGUCAAUGCAAGUCACACACGAGGCUGAUAUCGGGCCAGCUGGACAAGACCUGAAUCUCCCUUUCAAUGACAUAUCUGGGAUGGCAAGCCAAAUGUAGACUAUGGAGCAAGUGUUUGGAAACCUGUUGUAUGAUGCAAAUUCAGCAAUCACGUAUAAGCCAACAUGCUCUGCCGUCACACAGAAACUGUGAUGAAGUUCAGAACCCACAUACAGUAUUUAACCCUUCUGCUGGAAAACUUUCAACCUUGGUCUUAUCUGUGUGUGAUAACCACAGGAAUCACUGUUUCUGGUCCUAGCACUAUUUUUAUAUUAAUUGUCUUUUAUAUCGUAAAACCAAUACAGGAGGAUCCGAAAAAAUUUCCCCUGAUAUAUUCAAGCUGAUUUACAGCAACUGUUGCAUUAAGACUCUCAACCAUUCCGUGAAAUAUGUGCCUAUAGGCUAAUUUAGGGAGACUUUUUAGCAUUUGAGCCCCAAAGACAGCCUUUAUUUCAUUAAUGGACAAUAGGCCAGUAAAAUAUCAUUGUAUCAUGAAUUUUCAUGGAAGACAUUAUUUUUUCAUGAUUUCUAGCAAUCCUAUCAUUCAUUUAAAUAUGUGAUUUUUUUGUAUCCAUCUAUGGCUCUUUAUAUGAAAUUGCAUUACCAAUUAACACUGAUAUUUAUACACAA